AUGGAUUAUAAGAGUGAACAACUAUCAGAAAAAGAAAGUCUAUCUCUUUUAUAUGAAUGCACAAAUGAAUAUAUUUGUGUAAAUGAUAACAGCUUUAAGAUUUUUAUCAAAAAUAAAAUUAAAAAGAUUUCUUUUUAUAUACUUUUUGAGUACACGGAAAAGUACCCCGAGGAACCGCCCCUAUACAAAAUUGUUGACAGCAAGAAUUUAACUACUACCUUACGAGAAAAUGUAAAACUACGAAUUCAUGAGACAAUUGAAAAUAACCUGGGAUAUAGUAUGAUUUAUAACAUAGUUGAAAAUGUAAGGGCAUAUUUAUCAGAGGAGGUGGACGAAAAAUCAAUGUACGAUGAAAUGAUUGAACGGAAGAAUGAACCUACAGAACAUGAUAUUAACGAAAAUUCGGAUGAUGGCGAAAAGGGAUCAGAUAAAUAUGAACAAGUUUUAGAAUUAAAAGAACUGUGCGAGGAAAGGUAUCGAGUAACGGAAGAAGAAUUCGAUGCAUGGCGCAAAGAAUUUUAUAAAGACAUUUUUUUGGAAAUAAAAAAUGUAAACAAUUCAGAGAAUCCUACUGGAAGAGAGCUUUUCGAGAGGGAAAAAAUGAACUUACUGGAUGCGGAUUAUGAAGAAAGUGAUGCUAAAUGGUGUAAUGAAGAAUUAUUUUGCGAUAUCGAUUUAGAUUUUGAGAAAUGUUCAUAA